AUGUCUCCACCUAGCAACAGGCGGUUAUCGUUAAGUCGAAAACCCCCGAAGCCAACAUCGGCAGCAGAAGAUGGCAGGCCUCCUUUGGAAGCCGUUCAAAGGAAUCGUUCAGUCGGUCCAGCUCCAUCGACGGGUGGUACCCUCCGCCGUUCUCGUUCAGGCAGUCGCGGCCCCAACCGAGAGCACCCCAGGGUCGGGGAACCUCGGGAGAGAUCUCGUCCGAGACCACCCCCAAGGGCAUCCCACGAGCGCUCUUGGGAUCAUUAUUCAUCCCCAUCUGAGGGCUACGGGGCCACCUUCACAUCAGCAUCCACGGCAUCGAAACCAGCGACCGUUACGUCUGGAGAGUAUUGGUCUAGCCGUGGCCUCACCAGGAAUCCUCCGGAGGGGUCCACACUCAGGUCCUUCUGGGAACCUCCCCAGCCAGAGGAGACUCCGCGAUCAGCGGCCAGUUGUUGGAGUGCGUCCGCAGAUGCCCCUCGAGGUUACUACACCUCUCCAACUCCAGCAUCUCCGGCACCAUCGACAUCUCCGGCACCAGUACCCCCGACGGCACCAGCCCUGCAGUGGUCCCCAGAGACCAUCGUGGCCGUGCAGCAGCUCCUGAAUCAGGUUCAGCCGACCUCGUCAGGUCAACCGGCAACUCAGCAGCUACCUCAAAAUCCUCCCCCCGGACCUAAGUCCUGGGCAGCGAGGUAUCCUCCCCGUUGA